AUGCCUCGCGGCUACAAGAAGACAGGGCUCUUUGGUGGGGCGCUCGAAUGCGAGCUCCCCGACAACUUUGCCGAUGUGAGCACCAUCCGGCAGGUCCCAGACAACCAGGAAGUCUACAUCGACAAGGACGGCUUCACCUCGAUCAUCUUCGACAUCACCCAGCGGGUCGACGCCCCCGGGGAAGGUCUCGAGCGCGACGGCCGCGCCCUGACAAUUCACCUGGAGGAUCUGGUUGGCGAAGACGCCGACACCGUCAAGGUCUGGAACACGACCGAGACACAGUUCACCCACCUUGACGACGACACACCAGCCUACACGCUCAUCGCAACCCAGACACCCCACUCCCCCUCCAACCCCGAUGAGCCCGGACGGGCAUCCGCGCCCGACUUUACCGCGCUGAUCCUGACGCUGCUGCGGUUCGAGAAGGAAAAGGCCGACAUCCUCAUCACCAUCAACGUGCCGCAUAUCAAGGGCGAAUAUGACGAGGAGGAGGUUGACCUGGCGCUGGGCAUGCAGGGUGAGCUGAUUGGGGAUGCGGUCGAGUACGCGGCGCGUAUCUGGUCGACGUUCAAGGUGCGGAAUUGGAGGUUGUUUGACGAGGUGUAG